AUGGUCAAGAACCUGCUCAUCAUCUCAGCUCUUCUCGCUAGCGCCCACGCGACCGUCCUCUUCGAUGGACGUUUGGGGGCCAACUAUACAGCCAGCAACCUAGAGGCAUCUACUGGACCGUAUCUUAGUGUCGUGAAAGGCAGUGCGAACGCCACACAGUAUACAAGCGUGUCGUAUGGAACCGGAACACCUCUCUGGGGCGCAGUUGACCGUCCUAUACUCAUCACUAUCGACAACUCCUCAAUCUUCAUUCCCGGAGGCUCGACUCCUCAACUUGGCUUCCGGCGCACAGACUUGAUCGCCCAACCCUCCGCUCCAGGUGCCAAUAGGACAGCAUUCAACGACGAAGUGCUGGAAGCUGGGAACACGACUUUCCACUUUUCUGUUCAGGCAGAUCUGAGCAACCCUCUCAACCUUGCGCACGAAUAUCAAGUCGUCUGGAUAGAGCCCAACGAUGGCUCGCACGUCUUCGACUUACAGAUAGGGACACCCUUCAACACUACAGCAACGCCCGAAUCUCAUCAUCUAAAGGUUCGCUCCAAGAACGGCACCGUCGUCUUCUCAACUCCUUUCACGCCGACCGUAUGGCACAACUUCGCCGUUGCCGUCAACUGGGAUGCGCUCACGCUGGAGGCGGCUUACUCGACUGAAGACGAUAAGCUUCGACGGGUCACUGCAGUCGAAUCGAACGUGGGUGCGGUCAGUGGGCCCACCGGUCAGGGCGACUUCCAUAUCGCGGUUUUGAAGCUACCUCUUAUUGACCCCAAAGACACUCCCUCGGAGCAAGCCGACGUAGUACAUUUCGGCAUCCAGGAGGGCACAAAAGAGGGCCUGUCCUUCUCGGGAGUGUUUGUUGAGCGUGUCUGA